CUUAUAUUCAAAAACAUUUUGUGAUUUUUCGAAGCCUGUUCACUUUUACAUUGUUUUCGUUGUUAUUAUUCUCCAAACCAUAAUAAAUUGGAUUUAUUUAUAUUUAACGUGUUACAUGGAAUAUGUACGUACUAUGAUUUCGACGAUCAGGUGAUAGUUUAUCGGGGAUAUCAUCAUUUGAAAAACACACAAACUUGGCCUACAGAAGAAAUGUUCACUUUUUGGGUGUGAGAUUUUAGUAGAAUGGAUGGAUUUAACUUUCUAACAUCAAGAUCUAAAUCUAGGUGAUAUCUUGAUGACCCGGUAAAAUGCAUAAGUCAAAGCAACAGAAGCCGUCCCCUUCUUCGGGUCAGAAAGAUAUGAAACAUUGGACAUCGAAGCUCCACGAAAGCAUUGUUUCCACAUCGAGAGACGGCCUUCUAAACAUUGUAAUAAAAGGUGGAGCUGAUAAUGGUCAAUACUGUUAUAUAGGAGAUAUUAAACAGGAUAAAAUAAACUAUCACAAUGGUAAACUAUUACCCGAUGAGAUUAUGUUGGAAGUGCAAGGCCAAAAACUAGCUGGAUAUACUUUACGUGAUGCCCUGCUUUGGUUAAAACAAGUCAGUCAAAACGGGGCCCCAGUCCAUAUAAAGACAGUCAAGCCGCAAGGUUUCCUGACGCGAGACUUGCGUACAUAUUUAAAUACUCGGUUCCAGAAAUCCUCAGUCGACCAUGACCUCCAACAAACAAUCAGAGAUAACCUGUAUACCCGUACUGUUCCAUGCACAACAAGGACGCCACGCCCCGGAGAGAUCAAUGGAGUGGACUACACUUUCCUCACCACCGAGGAAUUUAUGGCCCUUGAGAAAAGUGGUAACCUCUUAGAAAGUGGACUAUAUGAUGGUAACCAUUAUGGAACCCCCAAGCCACCCAAGGAGCCAGUCUCAACACAAGUCCAGCGUGCAAGCUCAACAAGUGUCUUACCAGGCGCUCAUCCGUCAUCGGAGGGCAAACGCAAGAGAAACCGAUCAAAUAUUGAAGCUACUCAGGCAGCUCAAUCACCACCAUAUACAGAAGCAAAUGAAGAUACUCCUACACCAAGAAAAAAGUCCCUUGAGCGAUCGCCUAGUCUAUCGAGCUUGGGGCCUCUGCCACCUAAUUGGGAAAUGUCGUAUACUGAUGAUGGAACACCAUAUUUUAUAGACCACACGACAGAAGUCACUCAUUGGUUGGAUCCACGUAUCGCAGCCAAAAGAAAACGUCUCGAAGAUUGUGAGGAUAACGAGCUGCCUUAUGGCUGGGAGAAGGUGGAAGAUCCGCAUUAUGGCACAUAUUACAUCGAUCACGUGAACAGGAAGACCCAGUAUGAGAAUCCCGUAUUGAAAGCUAAGGGGAUUAGGGCCGCUAGUGUCAGCAGUGAUCAACAGAUGUCGCCUAAAGCAGCAGAUAGCAAUGACAGUGGAAACAGUACACUACCCAGAACAAACAAGAGACAAGAGCAAUCUAAUAAUAAUAUGCCAAAACGAUCAAGUAGUGAGUCCAAAGUAAAUGGAACAAGCACAGCAAGCACAAAGAAGCCAAUGCCUUUUUUCACCAAAAAUCCAGCAGAGUUGAAAGGAGAAUAUUUGGUGGCAAAUCUUACAAAAAGUGUACGGGGUUUCGGCUUCACGAUCAUUGGUGGUGAAGAGCGAGAUGAUGAAUUUUUACAAUGUAAGACCGUUGUGCCUGAUGGCCCUGCAGACAUCAAUGGAAUAAUAAAACAAGGUGAUAUCCUGGUGCAUAUAAAUGAGAAAUGUGUGCUUGGCUUUACACACCAAGACGUUGUCUCACUCUUCCAAAGUAUCCCCGCCAAUGAAAGAGUCUCAAUAGAAGUAUGCAGGGGCUACAAUUUACCUUUCGACCCCGAUGAUCCAGACACAGAAAUCAGAACAACGGUUGCAGUGACAUUACCUCAAACUACGAACUCUACGCAAAGUCCACCAGCGUAUUCGUCAAGAGAUCAGAAUCAGAAAAAAAUAAUUUCAAAUAGUACAUUACCCGAUGUUGCGGCCAAUGUACCGAAUUCCAAUAAUAUGCAAUUAAAAAACUCUGAAAAUGAGGCUUCUAGUAAAUUUACUGAUGCAACGGAUGGCAAUUCGUCUGAUUUAUUGCAAAAUGACGAUAGCACUAUACCAGAUGUUUUGAGUUUAUUUCCAAGUAGUUCCAAACCGGAACUACUUUCAGUGGGGAUUGUUAAAGGUGUAAUGGGGUUUGGAUUCACAAUAGCCGAUAGUGCAUAUGGACAAAAAGUGAAACAAAUUCUCGAUAAAGAUCGCUGUAAGACUUUACAGGAGGGGGACAUUUUGGUAGAGAUAAACCAUAUUAAAGUUAAAGACUCAAAUCACUCGGAAGUUGUACAGGUGUUGAAAAAUUGCACGAGGGAUAAAGAAGCUUUGGUUACAGUUCAACGGGGAGGAAUGUUGACUCCGAACAAAGGUAGAAAAACACCUGUGAUUAAACCUCCUGUAUCCCCUGCACAAAGUAACAAUUUAGGACCAACAAUGUCUAACUCUCCCGCAGAGACCCCCACCCACUCUACACCCCCAGAUAUUAGCAAUAGAGAGCGCAGCAAGACUCCGACCAAUGAACAAACCUCAGGCAAGCGGCCAAAUGACACACAAGAUAAACAAGAAACUGGAAAACCACAAGUUGUUAACAAGGAGCCUCCAGCUGUUGCUGCGAAACCAAUCCAACCUGCUGGUCCAAUCAAAUUAACCCGUACUAAGACCCCGACGGAACCAAGGGCAAAAACACCAACGGUCGAACCUCAGAGGAAGCCAGAACCCCUUAGGGCUAAGACCCCAACCACAGAAUUCAAUGGUGAUAUCAGGAGUAAAACUCCUACCAGAGAUAUGCAAGUGCCACCGCAGACUAAUGUAGUCUCAAGGGCACCUUUUACUGAUAUGCAAAAUCAGAAUAAUAUAGCACAACAGUCUAUUCGAGGAUAUAGGUCGCAGGAGAAAAAUAGCAAUGUAAAUCAUACAGGAAAUCAGCUCCCGAGGCGUGCUGAAAGCUAUAGCAACUACUAUGACCCUGGUGUUAAUACUAGAAGGGAGCUCCCUCCACCCCAGAGAAGUGUCGAUCGGGGAGAUUUUAUUCGGCACAAGGCUGGGGAGUUUUAUGAGGAGAAUCGACCACUUGUUAAUCACGGCCGUCCUCGAUCUGCUUAUGAUUUACGUGAUCGUUGGGAGUAUGGUCAGGACGAGCCAUCAGAUCAGCAGAGACAGAUGCAUAGAAGUCGUACACCAGGGCCGGAAAUGAUGCAACGUGAUCGAAAACCACCACCAGAUAAUUACUAUAAUCGUCCAAAAACCCCAACGGCCCAAGACAUGAGGAAGGAAAGAUACAGCAGUACUAGUGGCACCCCUGAUUUUAUCCCUGCCUCAAUGUUACAAAGUCCCACUAGUAAACAACAAAAUUAUCAUGACCCAUAUAGUGAAAACCCAGCUCUUCCAGCACGUAACUAUGAGAAAGACAUCUAUGUUGAUACCAGGGGCCCAACAAAUCGAGUUUCUCGACCAGUUUCAGCUGCCCCUGAUUUUAAUCCAUAUAUGGAUAAUAGAAAUACGUCAUCCUCACAAGCAUCUCCGAAUACACAGAAUAGACUCAAUUCAUCAUCAUCUAGUUACGCAUCACAUAAUAGUUACCAGAAUUAUCAAAAUUAUGCUCCCUAUGGGAAUCAUGUAGGUGGUGGUGAUCCAGGUGGGAGAGUCCCCCCUCACGGUCAGUUCUCACCCCCUGGGGGCUACCAAGGAAAACCACACCCUCGUAAACAAAGCACUUCCUUUGAGCACUCGGAGCCCACUCCGAGUAACCUCACACGGGUCCCACGUCAUGAUAGAUGGCAGCACAAUCAACCUGGAAUGACCAAUUCUGUCUCUGCUCACACGCUUCCACAUAACCGAUCUCCUAAUAUGGCUAAACCACCAGUAAGACGUGCCAUGAGCGAAGAGGAGAAAUAUCUAGAAAUGACUGUUUUUCUACAGAGAACUGAGAGUGGCUUUGGAUUCAGGAUUAUAGGAGGGAAAGAAGAGGGAUCACAGGUUGCAGUUGGUCAUAUAGUGCCAGGAGGAGCCAGUGAUAUAGAUGGGCGAAUACAACAAGGAGAUGAGAUUCUCUUUAUAGAUGGGUGUAAUGUCAUAGGAUCCUCACACCACAAGGUUGUAGAACUCAUGGGCAAUGCAUCACUGGCAGGACGCGUGUCUCUGGGCAUCAGACGCAAAAUGGGACCAGAUUCACCUCACAGAGUACCACCAAUGCAACAUGAAACAUACCCCUACGAUGUCACUGUUACACGUCGUGAAAAUGAGGGAUUUGGAUUCGUCAUCAUUUCGUCUGUUACAAAAGCAGGAACAACAGUCGGGGAGUCAAUAGGGAGGAUCAUUGAAAAUAGUCCCGCUGAACGAUGUGGAAAGCUGCAUAUUGGUGACCGUAUUCUCGCUGUUAAUGGUGUGGAGAUAAUGAGGAUGCACCAUGAAGACAUUGUUAAUCUCAUUAAAGACUCUGGCUAUGCAUGUACACUCACUGUAGGACCUCCCCAAGAUGAUACCUCAAGUACAACCUCAACAUCUCAACGGAGUUCGCAAGGCUCAAUGAUGAAUGCAACGGCAUUUCCCGCUAUGAGUGAAAGUGACUCAUGGAUGUCAGGACAUUCCCAGUCCCCCUAUCAGUCACCCACAGACAGACGCCACCAGCAACAGAUCAUUGAAAGGCACAAGGCACUUGCCAGACAGAGGAUAACCUCCCCUAAGAUGUCACCUGGGUCUGAUAACUCUGACAAUGAGUAUUACUCUGUGGAGCUACACCGUGGCUCUCGGGGAUUUGGAUUCUCAAUACGAGGGGGCGAGGAAUUUAGUGGCAUGCCCUUAUAUGUACUACGUAUUGCUGAGGGAGGGGCAGCUGAUCUAGAUAGACGGUUAUUGGUUGGAGACCAGCUGUUAGAAGUGAAUGGCUUUAGUACUAAUAACAUGACCCAUGCCCAGGCCAUCAACCUAAUCCAGCGUGGAGGCCCCACAGUUCGACUAUUUAUGAAGCGCACCAACCAACCCCCACCCCCACCUGCUUCUAAAUAUGAUUCUCAAGAUUCACCAGGAGGAUUAAGACCCCCUACAAUGACAGUGCCAAUGCCAAAUGGACCCCUUAGUCACAGCUCACCAAACAUGCACCGGAGAGGUCCAGAGAAUCAAAAUAACUAUAUGUUAUACAACCAAUCACAAUCAAGAUUACAACAUAAUUAUUAACCAAUCAUAGAAAGGAUUAGAAGUUGAUAACUUGGAAUAAUCACAAGAAUAUAUUUGUAGUAGAUUAAAGAGAAUUUAUAUUUGAUCAAAUCAUUUAUAUAACUUUUGUGUUCAGGACAUAAGCAUUGACCCUAAUGUUCAUGAGAUCAAAAGCUGCCAUUGGGGUUGUCACAUUGUAUUAUCACUU